CCUCCUCUUUGCAUCCAAAGUCUUUGUACCGACUGCUUCAUCGCCUGUCCUGGUACACCUUGACCUGUACCCAUCACUUUUUCUAUCCACGGUCCUUCUCCUCAGAGGAGCCCUCUCGUCAAGAUGGAGAUGAACUAUGAUGAAAAUACUCUCCACCAGUUGGAAGAGGAGCUUAACACCAAGAUCUAUCCGGGAACGGAGAUCAUGAGCGAUGUUGGCUCCCAUCACUUUGUCAAAUCGGGCGAAGGGUCAACAAGAGUUCUCGUCCCUCAGCCAUCAGCUGACCCUCACGAUCCCCUGAACUGGAGCCCAUUCUGGAAGACCUCAGCCAUGACAUUGUCAACUCUGGUCUCCUUUGCCCAGGGUUUCGGUCCUCUGGCAUUACCUCCCAUGUUUCCUCAAUUGAUGGAGGCUUUUGACACCGAUCUUGCCGGCGCUGUGCAAUUCGUAGGUGUUUGUAUUUUGGUCCUUGGUUUCAGUAAUUUCAUCUGGGUUCCUAUCCAAACUUCGUUCGGCCGUCGACCAGUGCUGAUCGCCUCAACUAUCAUCUGCGUGGUAUCCAACAUCUGGAGAGCUGUUGCGAAGGAUUACAGAAGCUUCAUGGGCGCUUGUAUCUUGAACGGGAUUGGCGCUGGACCGGCUGAGACGGCUCAACCAACUAUUAUUGCUGAUGUCAUGUUUCUCCACGAGCGAGGUUUAUGGAACACCUUGUACUUUACUUUUUACUUUGGCAGCUUGAUGGUUGGACCCAUCGUGGCAGGCCCCAUGACUGAGCAUUCCAACUGGCGAAACUUCUGGUGGCUAAACGUAGCCCUCCACGGCGCCAUCUUGGUCGGUUUGAUCUUUCUCUUCCCCGAGACCAAGUGGCAUCGACAGCAUCCCAAAGAGUUGGCGGCCCAACCCAAGCUCGCUGUUACAUCUGACAAGGACAUGUCAGCACAAAUUGUCGAAGAUCCAGAAAAGACCAGCAACAAUGAUAGCGAUCAGAUCACUGCUCCAGCAGAGAAUAAACUCGAACCCACCAGCACAGCAGAACAAGAUCCAUAUCUCCACAAAGGAACACCCUCCAAACAACAAUGGAAACUGUGGCAGAACAACGCGAACCCCUUCAGAUCAAUCCUUCUAGACCUUUGGAUCCCAUGGAAGUUGUUCGCUUUCCCCAUCGUCGAGUUUGCUUCGUUUGUCGUGUCGUGGUCGGCAUCUUCAUUCCUGACCAUCAACCUGACCCAAACCCAAGCCUUUGCAGCUCCACCCUACAACAUGAGCAGCCAGUCGAUCGGAUUCACCAAUUUUGCCAUCUUGGUCGGAGCGGGAAUUGGACUGGUGACGAAUGGACCGUUGAGCGACUGGAUCGCAGCGCGUGCGACAAGAAAAAACCGAGGCAUUCGAGAACCAGAGAUGCGCUUGCCAGCUCUGAUUCCUUAUGUCCUUAUUAUGCUCCUAGGCAACUUUAUCGUGGCGUUUGGUUAUGAACACCACUGGCGUUGGGAGGUCAUCGUCAUCAUCGGUUACGCAUGCGCAGGUAUCCAAGUCGCCGCAAUUCCCGCCAUCGCAUCCACAUACGCAGUCGACUCAUACAAGCCCAUUGCAGGCAGUAUUUUCGUGUCUAUCACAGUCAACAAGAAUCUGUGGGGUUAUGGCUUCAGCAAGUUCAUCACUCCCUGGAUCAUCGCCGACGGUUACAUCCCUCCUAUCAUGUUGAACAUGUGUUUGAUCUUCCUCUGGUGCGCCUGUGGAAUUAUCUUCUACUUCUGGGGCAAGACUAUGCGUGGCUGGACCAAGAACUCGAGUGUGCAUAAUUUGUAGUUAUGCUUCGAGAUGUCGGCCAUGGAGGAGACUGGAAGAGCUGUUGCACUAAUCACGUGUAUAUAUGUAAAUGUCGA